AUGAAUGAUGUUUUUAUCCUCUAUCUUGCAGUGCAGUGUAUUUUACCACAGAGUCAAACGACACCAGAAAAAUGUCUGUCUAAUCCUUGGCAUGGCAAAGGUUUUUGUGAACCUAAUCAAUACAAAUCAGCCAUUGAUCGUUGUGAAGGUGGACAUAAAUCAUGUGACUUAAGCAUUGAAAUUUAUAAAGAACUUGUUAAAGUUCUAGAACAUUGUUCUGAGUCAUUACGUCAAUGGUCAUUGACAAGUCAAAGAAAAAUUGUUCAAUCAAAAGAAUUUGGUACUACAAGAGCAGCAUGGAUCGAGUCUAUACAAGCAAUUGAAAAAUUAGCUGAAAGAAAUGAAGAUAUAACUAAAAAUAUUCAACAUCAUGUUAUUGAUAAAAUGGUUGCUUAUAAACAUUCAAAAUAUGAAAGAUCAUUUCUUCAUUUGAAAAAAGUUAAAGAAUUCGAAAAAGAUUUUAAAAAAGUACAAAAACCAUGGUUGGAAUUAUUAAAUAAAAUUAAUGAAGCAAAACAAGAAUUUCAUCAUGCAAGUCGUAAAUUACAUCAUGCUAAACGAGCAGAAAAUGUUAUUAAAACAGAUUUAGGUACUACUGAUGAACAGAAGAAAAAAGUAAAAGAUAGUGUUCAUCAUUAUGAAUCUGAAACAGAAACAUGUAGAAGUACAUAUUCUAAAUUAAUGGAAGAUAUGAAAGCAAAACAACCAGGUUAUCAAGAAGAGAUGUUUAAAAUACUAUCUCGUACAGAUGAUUUUGAACGAGACCGUUUAAAUCAAUUUAAAUUAAUGUUCAAUGCUCUUCAAGAAGCAAUAUCCAUUGAAAACGAUGCACGGCAUACUGAAAUGUCUGACUUAUUUAAUAAAGCAAUUGGCAGACAUAAUAUUAAUAGUGAUAUUGAAUAUUUUAAUAAACAUUACGGCCGUGAAACAAAAACCAAAUGGCCCGUUUUUGAAGAUGUACAUGAAUCAUGCCAUUCUCUAUAG